AAUAUGAUAACCUUUUUUCUUUUUGACUUCUGACAAAUAGACUUUUUAAACCUAUUGUGAAGAAAAACUAUUAAAAAAACAAAAAAAAUUGUAAAAUAGUGUAAAAAAGUAAAAAAUAUCCAACGAAGAUGAAUCCGGCUGCCCCAAAUUAUCCUAUGGCGUCUUUAUACGUCGGCGAUUUACAUUCUGAUAUUACUGAGGCCAUGCUUUUUGAGAAAUUUUCAACCGCGGGUCCUGUGCUUUCGAUUCGCGUGUGUAGAGACUUGAUUACACGUCGAUCCUUGGGUUAUGCAUAUGUGAACUUCCAACAACCUGCAGAUGCUGAGCGUGCUUUGGAUACCAUGAAUUUUGACUUGAUAAAAGGUAGGCCUAUCCGCAUCAUGUGGUCUCAACGUGAUCCAUCAUUGAGAAAAUCUGGCGUUGGAAAUGUUUUUAUCAAGAAUUUAGAUCGUUCCAUUGACAACAAGGCCAUGUACGAUACUUUCUCAGCUUUUGGUAACAUUCUUAGUUGUAAGGUAGCCCAAGAUGAAAACAGCUCUAGUAAAGGUUAUGGGUUUGUCCAUUUUGAAACCGAAGAAGCUGCAAAUAAGUCUAUUGAAAAGGUAAAUGGUAUGUUGUUGAACGGAAAAAAAGUAUAUGUAGGUCGCUUUAUUCCACACAAAGAAAGAGAAAAGGAACUGGGAGAAAAAGCCAAGCUGUUCACAAAUGUUUAUGUUAAAAAUUUUGGUGAAGAUUUUGCUGAGGAACAGUUAAAGGUUAUGUUUGAAAAGUAUGGUAAAAUUACCAGCUACAAGAUAAUGAGUAAAGAAGAUGGUAAAUCAAAAGGAUUUGGUUUUGUAGCCUUUGAAAGUUCAGAGGCAGCAGAAGCGGCAGUUGAAGCUUUAAAUGGAAAAGAGUUGGUUGAAGGAAAACCUUUGUAUGUUGGAAGAGCCCAAAAGAGAGCUGAGCGUCAACAAGAACUAAAACGUCGCUUUGAAGCCUUAAAAAUGGAAAGACUUAAUCGCUAUCAGGGUGUAAAUCUCUAUGUUAAAAAUCUAGAUGAUACAAUAGAUGAUGAACGUCUCCGUAAAGAGUUUACUCCUUUUGGAACCAUAACAUCUGCCAAAGUGAUGUUGGAAGAAGGUAGAAGCAAGGGUUUUGGUUUUGUAUGUUUUUCCUCUCCAGAAGAAGCUACAAAGGCGGUAACAGAAAUGAAUGGCAGAAUUGUUGGUUCUAAGCCUUUAUAUGUUGCCUUAGCUCAGCGUAAAGAAGAUCGUAAAGCACAUUUAACUUCUCAGUACAUGCAGCGUAUGGCAAAUAUGAGAAUGCACCAGAUGGGUCAGUUCAUACAACCAGGUGCAUCUAGCGGUUAUUUUGUUCCUACCAUUCCUGCCGCACAAAGAUUCUAUGGACCAGCACAGAUGACUCAAAUUCGUGCUAGUACCAGAUGGGCCGCCCAAACAACUGUAAGACAGGGUGCUCAAGGAGGAACUACUGUAUACCCCGGUAUGCAAAACACUUACAGAGCUACUGCCCGCCCACCAAAUCAGUCAACAACCAUGCGUAGCAACAUGAGUGUACCUAGGCAAAUUACUGGACAACAACCACAAAAUGCAAUUGUACCUGCUGCUGUUAACAGAACAGCCAACUUCAAAUACACUUCAAACAUGAGAAAUCCACCACAACCUUUGGGAGGUUUACCAGGUGCUGCUGCUCCAGUACAGCAGGCUGUACACAUUCAAGGUCAGGAACCAUUGACAGCAACCAUGUUGGCUGCUGCUCCACCACAGGAGCAAAAACAGAUGUUGGGUGAAAGAUUGUUUCCACUUAUCCAACGCAUGUAUCCAGACAUGGCAGGUAAAAUCACUGGUAUGUUAUUGGAGAUUGACAACACUGAGCUGCUACACAUGUUGGAACAACAGGAGUCCCUUAAGAACAAAGUGGAAGAAGCAGUUGCUGUUUUACAAGCCCAUCAAGCCAAGCAAGCUGCUACUACUCAGAUUAAGAAAGAGUAGUUGCUGAAGCAGUGAUGAUUUUAUGUUUUAUAUUUUUAAGCAUAAAUAAAAAGUACUUGUGCAUUUUCGUAA